AUGUCGUUCAGCUUCUCCUUCUCUGGCGAUGACAUAGAUGAUACGUACACUGACCCUGAGCCCACACCACGCAGCCAUGCUGCUGAAACAGGAACGCUGCAGCGCGCCUCGAGCUCAGCUUUCCCCAUCGCGGGACAGCCUUUGCUACAGCCACAAGCACACGAUUUGGAGGCUAUGCUAAAAGCGUUACCGUCGAAAAUCGUAUAUAGUACUCUGGUUGUAAAUCUUGAUGACGGGACGCAAAUUUCGAUUCCGAGGAGAGAGUUAUGGGAUGUGAGGGUGCAGCUCAUGGCCGAGGAGGACGAUGAAGGGUUGGGCAAUUUGGGGAAGGAUGAUGUCAAGACGGGAGUCUAUGAGGGAGGGUUCAAAAGUUGGGAAAGCUCGGUGGAUGUUGUGAAGGUGCUACAUGAGAGGAGGGGAGGUAAUGGCUUCUCUGAGAAAGUGAUAGAGCUGGGCUGUGGUACUGCGCUCCCUUCUUUGGCCGUCCUUCAAUGGCUCUUGCAAAACUCCAACCCUCAGGCGGCACUGAGUCUUGGACUUGCGGACUACAACCCGACCGUACUUCAACUCGUCACGCUACCGAACAUCCUCUUGUCCUGGGCUCAGAACUCGCGCAAAGACUCGUGGGAAGCCGAGGGCGAACUGGAUCUCGACGAAGAAGUUAUCAAGGCAUUCUUGUCUGAUCUAGCGUCUCAUCAGGUCAAGCUGUCAUUCUUCUCCGGCGCGUGGAGUCCUGAAUUCGUUCAGCUUGUGAAGGAAGGCAUGGGCCAAACUACAGCCAGGCUGACAAUUAUUGGAGCCGAGACUAUAUACUCGCCGACAGCACUGAAGUCCUUUGAAGAAACUCUAAUGACUCUCCUGGGUACCAUGCCCGACAACGAGAGGACUUCACUGGUUGCUGCGAAGAAGGUUUAUUUCGGUGUGGGAGGAUCCAUGGAAGACUUCUGUAAUAUGGUGCGCUCAACCGGUGGUGUUGUCGAGCAAAUCAGAGAAGAAUCCGACGGAGUGAGAAGGGCAGUGGUGGAAGUGAUUGUGCCUGAAUGA